AGCCGUUGGUUUCAAAUUUUAUGAAAGCGCAAACUACAAGGCAAAACUAGAAAUAGAAUUCUUGUUGUCCUACAACCAUGCCCGAAGCCACACCAGGCUCCGACCCUCCCGCCGAUGCCCUGGCGAAGGACACGGCUGCACUGGAACAAGCACUCAGUGGGUUGAAGCUCGCUGAGUCAGAUUGCCAGUCUCUGCUGGAGCUGAUUGCGUCGAAGAGUAAGGAGCCGGAGCGGAAUCUCGCCGCCGAAAAGAGCGAGGAGGACGCAUUUGACGCCAUGCUGGUACGGGAGAUGGGAGAGCUGGAAUCCGAGGAAUCCAAAUCUUCCUCGUCAACAAUUAAAGUAAAAGCAUCAAAAGAAAAACCGACUGCGACUGAAGCAGGGGCAGUCCUCGGGCAGGAACCUGGUCGUCGAGGAGCUUCGUCUUCAGCAACGAAUACAAGUCGUGAACCUGCUAGCGGCGGCGACGGAAGUAGUGCCACCGGGACGAAGACUGCGGGAAAUACGGGAAGUAGUACAAAAGCUAGCGAAGGAGCGGGGCGGCAGCAGGAGGGGCAAAGUAAAGCGUACGUCGAGGAGGACCCGUUUGCUGCGGAUCUGGAGCGCGAGAUGGAGCUUGCAAUCGCCGCGGAUCUGGCGGCGUUGCGAUGAUGAGAUGAAGACGGGGGUUGAUGACGUGUCUAAGACAACAAGAUCCGGAAGUGUAAAAGAAGAUUUUUUAUUGCAGGCACAUGGUCCGUCGAUCACCUGUGUGAGUCAUACACUCUGCGCUUGUUGCCC